AGCUCUGGUCUCAGCAUUCAGGAGUGGAGGUGAGUGUCGGGACCAGGCACUUCCACCCGCAUGUUAGUCCUGAGCCCGGGGGUGUCCUCUCCUGCCCCCAGGGACUAGAAGUCUAGGCAGAUGGCCGUGUGUGCCUGACCUCGGGGGCAGGGUUUGGGGCCCACAUUACCCCCUCUGGGGAGGUCCAGGCGGCCCCGGGUGCCUCCUCCCCAGCUAUGAGGCACCAGCUUUGCAGAGCUCCACCCUGGGGAGCGUGGAGGAGCUGGUGGAUGGACUCACCUACUCCACCUCCCUGGGCCUGGGGCAGGCUGUCUACACCCAGGACCCCGUUCCAAACCUGGCAACCUGCCAGGGCCCUCCCAGGGCUGCCCCACGAGAGUGGCAGACAGUCCCACUCCAGGGGGCCUGGAACCUCAUUCCCGGGGGGGACCCCGUGCCUCUCCUUGCUCACAUCCCAGGGGGCUGGGGGCUCUCGGGUGAGCUGCAAACCUCCCUUGUCCUGGUGGGUCCUGGGUUUCCCACUGACUAAAUCCCUGCUGCCCCCCUCAGCCUGAACAUGAGCCAACUGUUCAUGGGACUGAGGUCCCCAGGCGCAGGGCUCCCCAGACAGGCACAAGGAGGAAGUGGAGAAAGCGCACGGCACCAGUGGAACCAGCUCCAAACACCAGCCGGAGCAGUCCCGAGGCCACACUCCCUCCCGAGGACGCUGACCAGCCCACACAUGUGCAGGAGAAGCAGGGACUGUUCAGGGCAAGAAGGUCGUCUUCAGGGGCAACCCUCAGCCGGAACGCUUGUUGGUCCCUACUCCCUGCCACGGACGCUGACCAGCCGGCCACGGGCCCGCGGCUCCCCCGGUCACGGCCGGGGAGCGUCACGGGCGAUGCCCUCAUGGUCUCCUCAUGUGAUGAGGGGCAUGACGAGGGGCCAGAGGAGGAUCUGAGAAUCCCCAGGAUGGGACGGGCUAGGCGCCUGGCCUGGGAGCCCCAGCGUGUGCCCAGUGUCAUCGAUGCCAGCCAGCUGUCAUCCACCCUGGUGGGCCGAGUCCUCCACCACUUGGUCCAGGAGGAGCACCUGGGGCCCGCGGUGGCAGAGCUGGAAGACCCACGGCAGAGGCAGCUGGCUCCAGAGACACAGGGGGGCCCCGCUUCGUGGGUAGAGCCCGUCCAGGAGCUCCCUGCGACCCCUGUGCUGGAGCUACGGCCGGUGUCACCUGCUUCAGCCCCUGAAGAGCCGGAGGAUGUCCCAGCAGUGGCCUCAGCCCCGGGUCCAGGCCCUGAGCUGGAGCCCCAUGAGCCCUUGGGCACGGGGCCUGGAGCACCAGCCGGAAUGGCAUUAGGCCUGGCAGAGCCAGGGGCAGACCCGGAGCCCACCAGACCCUGUGCCAUGAGCCCCUGGGACAUCCCAGGAGUGGUCUCAGGCCCCGAGCUGGAGCCCCAUGAGCCAUCGGGCCCGGGGCCCAUGGCACCUGCCAGAAUGGCACUGGGCCUGGCAGAGCCAGAGGUGGACCUGGAGCCCACCAGACCCUGUGCCAUGAGCCCCUGGGACAUCCCAGGAGUGGUCUCAGGCCCCGAGCUGGAGCCCCAUGAGCCUUCGAGCCCGGGACCCGUGGCACCUGCCGGAAUGGCACUGGGCCUGGAAGAGCCAGAGGCGGACCCGGAGCCCACCAGCCCCUGUGCCUGGAGCACCUGGGAUGAGCCGGGGGAGGAGGAGCCGACGAUCCUGGCGUUUCCCCCCUCCCUGGUGGCCGAGCAGCUGACCCUGAUGUGUGCAGAGCUGUACGGCAGGAUUGAAUUUGGUGAAUGUAAGACCUACUUAGAGAGCCAGCCACUGAUGGAAGGCAUUGAGCUCCUGGCCCCCAACAUCCAUAACAUCAUGAGGCAAUUUGAUGCCACGUUUUACUUCGUCACCUCCUCCUGCCUCGGGGCCCCGAGCUUGAUGGCCCAGGACAGGGCCCGAGUGGUGGAGUUCUGGAUCCAGGUGGCCAAGGAGUGCCUGGACCUCAAAAAUUUCGAGUCCCUCCACGCCAUUCUCUGUGCCCUGGGGAGCUCUGCUGUGUGUCGUCUGGAGAGCACCUGGGGACAUGUUUCCUGGAAGAGCUUCUGGAGCUAUAAAAAACUUCAAAAGAGGGACCAGGGGCUUAACGGGAAGCAGCUCCUCAAGGAGGCGAGGGCCACGGUGAGGCGACGGCGGCAGGCCCCCUACGGAUACCUGGAUAGGAAGGCGCAGGGCAUAGUCCCGUUCCUUGGAUAUUUUCUGCGUGACGUGCCCAUGGACCAACUCUCGGAAUAUAAUGCGGACGUGAGUGACCCAGCGAGGCACCGGAAGGGCAGGAUGGUCACUCUCAUCGGACGUGAGAUCAUGAUGCACAAGCGCGUGGCCGCGCUGUAUGACCUGGAGCCCGAUGAGCGCUUCCUGUCCUUCUUUCAAACCGUGGAGCCCCUGGAUGAGGAGAAGAGCUACCGCCUGUCCUGCCAGCUGGAGGCCUCAGGCCAGUGGGCCAGGAUAAAGGGGCUGUUGCAGUUCUUCAGGUCCCACGAGAUAUAAACUUAGUGGCCAGGGCCAGCUGCUGUCAUCGGGCCCGUGGUCCUGCUGGUGUCCUGGCUGCGUGCGGACAAGAGCUUCUUCCCCUUCAGCAGGUGGCACCUGGCGCCCCAGGACCCCAGUCUGCUUGCUGCUCCUCUUCCUCCUGCUGCUCAUCCUGAGCCUCUGCUGGGGCAGGUGCUCUGGCACCUCCCGUGUCGGCAGACUCGGGCAUCUCCCCAGGCUGCCGCUGCACCCUCAGGGACCCGUACGCAGCUGCAGCCAACCUGGACACCUUUGUGCUGUGUCAGCCCCUCUGCUUGUGGCCCGCUGGACAGAGGCGAGCUGCCCCACCACGCGGAGGGCGUCACCAUUCCUGCACGUGGCCUCCCAUGUUGUCGACACCACCUGCUGCCUGGGUGCUGUCAGCCACUGAGUUGUAGCCACAGGGUUCCAGGAAGAGGUGGGGCCGUCCUCACCAGGCCUGGCCUUUCCCGGGAUGGACACUGACAUGGUGCAGCGCUGCGUGGAACCACCAUCCCUGGGUGUGCAGCAGAGGCAUCUGAGGACGCAGGGGUGGCCGGCCACCACAGGCUCCCAGGGCAUGCUCCCAGGGGGACCCCCUGUACAACUUUCUCAUCCCUGAGAAAUAGCCUCCCCGGGGAUUAAAGAUGGUGGUGUGAGAGAUGAGACAGAGCCCUCCUCCUAAAACCACAUAUGAUACAAAAAACAUAAUUAAUACAACCAAUCCUGAAAGAGCAACAUGAAAGAAGGCUGCACCAGACUGCAUACACCUGGAGAAAAGAGCAGAACUCACGGAACAGGGUCAGGUACCAAAGCUGUGAGCCGGCGGGACCCAAGCCCUUCCCCCACCCCAGCCCAAUGGCGGGAGGAAGAGACACAG